UUCUAGCAGUGCGAAUUUCGUUCUGCGGGGUGUGGGUAAAGUAAGAGUGUCCGCUCAUGUCAGUUCUAGCUACUUACCUGAUUAUACAACGACAUCUCGAUAUCCUGCUUUUAAAUGUAGCGGUGGGGAUAGGAGGCGAAGCCUUCUGAAUUGUCGGAGGGGAUUAUCGUUGCAUCACCGUAUAAAAAAGGAUCAGCUGAUCACCUGACUGGCACUGGUCUCCUCUCACCGUGUUAUCCAGAGCUCAGUUGGUGCUCAGGAAGACUCUGCCAUGAUGUGGAGAGACACAGGUGUCACGCUGAUAAUGUCCUUGAUCUUCACUGAAGUCCUGGGGAGUGCCCGGUUCACUCCCCCAGGGAAGCCCAAGAUCACUGUCUGCCGGUCUCCAGAGAAAGAAACCUUCACCUGCUGGUGGGAGCCUGGCUCGGACGGAGGCCUGCCAACCAACUACUCCCUCUACUAUCGCAAAGAGAACUCUGAUGUAGUCAGCGAGUGUCCAGAUUACCGCACAGCGGGGAAGAACUCCUGCUUCUUCAACAAGAAUGACACCUCCCUCUGGGUGAACUACAACAUCACAGUUGUGGCGACCAACGCCCUCGGAAGCAACUUUUCUGACCCAGUGGAAGUGGAUGUUGUGUAUAUUGUCCAGCCUCACACCCCGGAGAACGUGACCGUGGUGGUGAACAUGGUGGACGGUGACCCCUUCCUUCUGGUGAGGUGGGAGCCCCCUCGCAAGGCUGACACUCGCUCCGGGUGGAUUACCCUAAUCUACGAGCUGCGCGUCAAACUGGAGAAGGACGACAAGUGGGAGGAGCACUUUGCCGGCCAGCAGAAACAGUUCAAUAUCUUCAGCCCACACUCUGGGGAGGUCUACAUGGUGCAAGUCCGCUGUAGACCAGACCACGGCUUCUGGAGCGAAUGGAGUACCACGGCUUAUGUGAAAGUCCCAGACUACAUUUCUAAAGAGAGAUCGAUGUGGGUCCUGAUAGCUGUCGUCUCAGCUUUUAUAUUCCUGGUCUUCACAUGGACAGUGAAUGUGAAACGCAACAGUGUAAAGCAUUUUCUACUUCCUCCUGUUCCUGGACCAAAGAUCAAAGGAUUUGAUACGCAACUGCUCAAGGCUGGGAAAUCAGAGGAAGUGUUUGGUGCACUGGUCAUACAGGGGUUUCCUCCGACAACAGACUAUGAGGAUCUUCUGGUUGAAUACCUGGAGGUUUACGAUAACGAGGAGCAGGAGCUGGUGCUUGACGGGAAGGACCUCCAGGACGGACUUUUGAAGUCCAAGAGCUCCUCGGACUCUGAUUCUGGGAGGGGCAGCUGUGACAGCCACACUUUGCUGAUGGAGAAAUGCAGUGAGACCAAGGAAGACCAGGCCGUGGAGGACAAACAGAGCAAGGCUGGUGUGGGGACCAUGGAAAGGAGUGACAGCCACGUUCACGUUCACUCCUCUGAAUCUGCUGCUGAGAAGGUCAGGUCAUGGCCUACGGUCUUCUCCUCCCAGCAGCACAUGCAGAAACCCCCCUACCACAGCAUUCCUGAAGUGUCUGGGCAAUGCCACGUCUCCGGGACCCACUGCCCCUCCACCCAUCCGCAAGACCACAAGGAAAAUCCCACUGAGGUCUGCCUGGGCAAACCCCCUCCUGGCUUCAGACACACGCAAACCAACAGUGAUUUCAGCAUCCACAGCAGCAGCUACAAGAGGGAAGCCACUUUCCCACCCUCUAAGUCCAUGGAGUAUGUGGAAGUUCAGAAGGUCAACGAGGAGAAUAUGCUGGUGCUGAAGCCCAUAGCAAAGGAAGGGCAGGACCUCUACCACCUGGAGUUCACAGGACAGGAUUACAGUAAAGUGAAUGGGGUGGUCAAUGACAACGUCCUCUUGCUUCAGAGGGAAAUGGCUGCCAAGUGCCAGGAGACAGGAAGCCCAGCAGAGAACCACUCCCAGCAGCAGCCUGGUAAAUCAGCAAUGCACACUGCAGUGCCUAUGGCCCAUGAGGGAGUGCACAUUGCACCUAAUGGCUAUGUGGACACAGCCACCAUGUUGCCCACCUACUAACUAACUUCACUGAAUUCCAUAAGGGCCUACUGGAGCUGCUGCUGUGUGGGAUUAUGUUAUUUCUUGGAACAUUAAAGGUAUAAGAGGACCAAAAAUUUGAAUGACUUUGGAAGUAUACCUUGGUUAAGAAAGCAGAUGUUUCAGUGGGACUUUCCUCUAGUUGCCUCACAUGAAAGCCCUCAGACUGAUUUUACUGUACUUUGUUUCUUGAAUUGUUUCUCUUUUUAGAAUUAUCAGGAGAUUGAGUUGUCAUUGAUAGUGAUGAUAGGCAGACUUAAUUUCAAAUCACACCAUGUUUGACCAGACCUUGUUUUAGUCUUUUUCCGUGACGUGCAGCACAAAUCUACUCAUUUCUAAAGCACAUAUUUCUACAACCGAUUCUAAGAACUUCGUCAUUUUUGUGUGCUCUCGCAAAGUGCAUUGUGGAUAUCAACGAAUUAUAAUUAACAAUUAAAGCUACAGUAUUUAUUAAAAUGAUAAUGAAAAUUGUCAAAGCUUAGUACAUGUGUUUGGGUUAGUCCCAAACAUACAGAAUCAAGUCUGAUUUCCUCUUCACUGAAGAAAAAUAAGUUGACAAUCUUGUAGAAAGAAAAACACUACAGACAAGAAAAUGAGGCCUAUUUUUCCUGUAUAACAGUAAAAAAUACAUUUUAUAAAGAUUAUAUUUUGGUGUACAUAGAUAUUGAUUAUUCAUCUUUGUUUUAAAAUUAAGCUGUUUUCCAUUAAAGGUAGAUACUAAAAGCUGCUUCUAAUUU